GCAAGACCCUGCUGCAGUCAUGUGGUCCAUGAGGGUGACUACGGACAUAUUACCAGUGACACAGCCUCUGGAUUCCUGGUCACCGGCCGCAAAACCCAAUGAUCUCCGAAGCGUGGAUGUCUUGUUGUGAUAUGAUAGACGUUUAGGGACCCCACUUAUUGUGUCAUGUUGGGGCUGUAAUGUGAUUUCAUGACUUUAAUGGUUAAUAGGAACAUCAGCAAACAUGUGGUGUUAAGAAGCUCUUUUGAUGCUGGUAACACAUGCACAAACAAUGCUGUCCUGAAAGUGCUUGCAUUUUAAUAAAUGCAGGAGUUGGGGGAGGAGUGUCUGAGCAAAGAGAAUUCCAGGGACCGCCUCGGCCUGCCCAGAGCCAAGGAGACACCUUGAAGCGUUAUCGGUUGUGAGCGAGGACCAGUCAUUGUUUGAGUGUGCCUACGGGACGCCACACCUGGCUAAGACGGACAUGACCGCGUCCUCCUCCGGCGACUAUGGACAGACAUCCAAGAUGAGCCCACGCGUCCCUCAGCAGGACUGGCUGUCUCAACCCCCAGCCAGGGUCACCAUCAAGAUGGAAUGUAACCCUAACCAGGUGAACGGCUCCAGGAACUCCCCGGAUGAAUGCAGCAUGGCAAAAGGCGGGAAGAUGGUGGGCAGUCCAGACACUGUGGGCAUGAAUUUUGGCAGCUACAUGGAGGAGAAGCACAUGCCACCCCCGAACAUGACCACGAACGAACGCAGAGUCAUCGUGCCAGCAGAUCCUACGCUGUGGAGUACGGACCACGUCCGGCAGUGGCUGGAGUGGGCAGUGAAAGAAUAUGGCCUUCCGGACGUCGAUAUCUUGCUGUUCCAGAACAUCGACGGGAAGGAGCUGUGCAAGAUGACCAAGGACGACUUCCAGAGGCUCACCCCGAGCUACAACGCUGACAUCCUUCUCUCGCACCUGCACUACCUCAGAGAGACUCCUCUUCCACAUUUGACUUCAGAUGAUGUUGAUAAAGCCUUACAAAACUCUCCACGGUUAAUGCAUGCUAGAAACACAGGGGGUGCAGCUUUUAUAUUCCCAAAUACUUCAGUAUAUCCUGAAACUACGCAAAGAAUUACAACUAGGCCAGAUUUACCUUACGACCCACCCAGGAGAUCAGCCUGGACUAGUCACGGCCACCCCACCCCCCAGUCGAAAGCUGCUCAACCGUCUCCUUCUGCAGUGCCCAAAACCGAAGACCAGCGUCCUCAGCUAGACCCUUAUCAGAUUCUUGGACCAACAAGUAGCCGCCUUGCAAACCCAGGGAGUGGACAGAUUCAGCUUUGGCAGUUCCUCCUGGAGCUCCUGUCGGAUAGCUCGAACUCCAACUGCAUCACCUGGGAAGGCACCAAUGGGGAAUUCAAGAUGACCGAUCCCGAUGAGGUCGCCCGGCGCUGGGGAGAGCGGAAAAGCAAGCCCAAUAUGAACUAUGAUAAACUCAGCCGCGCCCUCCGUUACUACUAUGACAAAAAUAUCAUGACCAAAGUUCACGGGAAGCGCUAUGCCUACAAGUUUGACUUCCAUGGGAUUGCCCAGGCCCUGCAGCCCCACCCUCCAGAAUCAUCUCUGUACAAGUACCCCUCGGACCUCCCUUACAUGGGCUCCUAUCACGCCCACCCUCAGAAGAUGAACUUUGUGGCCCCCCACCCUCCUGCCCUCCCCGUGACAUCAUCCAGUUUUUUCGCCGCCCCAAACCCCUACUGGAAUUCGCCAACUGGAGGUAUAUACCCCAACACGAGGCUUCCGGCCAGCCAUAUGCCCUCUCAUCUGGGCACUUACUACUAGAGCCGGGAGGGGGGCCUUUCCCAACAGCACACAAUCACCAAGAAAUUGCCACAAACUCUAUUGGAGAACGUGAAUCAAAAGUGCCUCACGAGGAAUGCAGUAGCCUGACUGGCUGGGGGAGGAAGCCGGGGAGAGAUCCAAAGACUCUUGGUGGGAGGGAAUUGCUCAAGUAUUACUGCAGGAAGAAGACGAUGCUACAGUGUAAUGUAUAUGGACCUACCAUGUGUGGACCAACCUUGUAAAAGACAUUGUAAGUAGAAGCAUGACGUCACAAGGACAAAGUGCCAAAGAAAGUGUUCUUAAGAAGUGUACAAACGUCUGAGGAGAGUGUGGGGUCCUGCUAAUGCCAAGGGGGGGAUGAGCGUAAAGCGACAGUGGUAACGCAGUCUUGACUAACAUACCAUUGAAAUGUCAUUUUAAGGAAAACUACCUGUAUUUAAAAAUAGAAACAUAUCAAACAUAAGAAAAAGAGAAAGAAAAGAGAGAGACUGUGGCCCAUGGGCCAAUGGCCACGUGGAACUCAGCGGGACUUGCUGAUUUGGGUGAAAUCAGAUUCUUUCCAUUGGGUGGAGAGCCACCAGCUCUCGCCAACUGUGAAGACGACCCAAGGCUGCCAACCGACUCCUUGACAGUAUUGUGGGGACUGUGAGCCCGGCGGGGCUGAGAACGUGUGUGCGGACAGUGAGCGUAUGGGUGUAGACGGAGGGCUGGAG